AUGGCGACCAGCACAGCAGGGAGCGAGUUCUUGCGUCCCCCAAGCAAUCAAGAUUUCGAUACCGUCCGCCGCGAGCCUUCACAUUAUAAUCCCCUCGACACAUUUCGACUACCCAGCGGCCAGGAUCGGCAUUACCAACAGCAGUAUGGCGACAUGUACUUCUUGCGACUGGCGAAGCUCAAGCCCGCCGUUGAAGAGAUUGCAGUGGACGCAUGGGAAGGAUUUAGUAUCGCUGGAGAGAAUGCGCGUCGCGUGGAGAGAGUCCUCGAUGUGAGACAGGGAGAGCUUUGCUGGGUUGCAGGCACGAUAUAUAUGGAUAUGCCAUUGAAGCCGAAUAUUCUAGACGAUCUUACAAAAGAGAACUAUACAUUAGCACCGCCUCCUCGACCGACUUAUCAAGAUCCCGCCAAUCCUGAUUCUACACAGAUUAUGUUGGAGGAUGAAUCCGGCCGAUUGCGCUUAACAGGGAGCAUGCUUCGGAACACGCAGCUAUGCACGGGAGCUAUUAUCGCCGUUCUGGGAACCGAAAAUUCGAAUGGAGACUUUGAGGUUAUCGAUAUUAAGGUACCCGAUUUGCCGCAACAGCCUCGUCGAUGGGAGAGCGAAGGAGUGGACGCACCGCAAAAGGGACCGAGUAAGGGUAAAAUUGCCUUUGUGAGUGGGCUAGGAAUUACGGGAACGUCGAGCGAUACUCUUGCGCUGGAGCUUCUGACCGACUACCUCCUUGGUUAUACCGGCACUGCUUCCGCCGAAGGUGCGCCGCCAAAUGCUUCUGCGAUUACAAGGUUGAUUAUUGCGGGAAAUUCGGUGGGGGCUAGGAUGACAGUGGAUGCCAACGCCGAAACGAAGAAAAAGUCCGGUCCAAAGAAGUACGGAUACGACGCCUCUGCGUAUAAUGCGUCGCCUAUCACCCGGCUCGAUUCUUUUCUGGCAGAGAUUCUGCCUAGUAUACCCGUCACACUUAUGCCUGGUGAAUCGGACCCGGCGAACUUUUCUCUCCCUCAACAGGGAAUUCACCGCGCCAUGUUUCCGCAGGCAAGGGCCUACUGUGCCCCGCCUGCUGCUGGUGCAGAGAAGCCGGAGCCCGGUUGGUUUGACAGUGUUACGAACCCAUGGGAAGGUGACGUCGAGGGAUGGCGCCUAUGGGGCUGUAGCGGCCAGAAUGUGGACGAUGUCCUUCGGUAUCUGAAUUUCGCAAAUGAGGAAGGAAAUGUCGGCGACGGCGCUGGAGAUGUCAAGGCGAGGAUAAGGAUUAUGGAGGCCAUGUUGCGCUGGAGAUGUGGAGUUCCCACUGCUCCAGAUACGCUAUGGUCCUAUCCAUUCCAAACAGAUGAUCCAUUUGUGAUGCAGGCCUGCCCUCACAUUUUCUUUGCCGGCAACCAGCCACGGUUCAAGACAGCCACAAUCGAGAGCGAUUCACCUCUGAAGCUGAACGGGGCCGACACGGAGAUGACCGGUACAGAUGAAGAGACCACAUCUGGGCCUCGUGUGCGUCUUAUAUCUAUACCCAAGUUCAAGGAAACCGGAGAACUAGUGUUGGUCGAUACCGAGACACUCGAGGUGGAAGUGGUUAAGUUCAGCACAUUUGCCGGGCAACAAGAAAAACAAUGA